AUGGCCAACGACCCAGGGACCAACAACGCAAUGGCCAACAACCCAGGGACCCACAACGCAAUGGCCAACAACCCAGGGGCCUACAACGCAAUGGCCAAUAACACAGGAACCUACAACGCAAUGGCAAACAACCCAGGAACCUACAACGCAAUGGCCAACAACCCAGGGACCUACAACGCAAUGGCCAACAACCCAGGGACCAACAACGCAAUGGCCAACAACCCAGGGACCAACAACGCAAUGGCCAACAACACAGGAACCUACAACGCAAUGGCAAACAAACCAGGAACCUACAACGCAAUGGCCAACAACCCAGGGACCUACAACGCAAUGGCCAACAACCCAGGGACCAACAACGCAAUGGCUUACAACCCAGGGACCUACAACGCAAUGGCCAACAACCCAGGGACCUACAACGCAAUGGCCAACAACCCAGGGACCAACAACGCAAUGGCCAACAACCCAGGGGCCUACAACGCAAUGGCCAACAACCCAGGGACCUACAACGCAAUGGCCAACAACCCAGGGACCAACAACGCAAUGGCAAACAACUCAGGAACCUACAACGCAAUGGCCAACAACCGAGGGACCUACAACGCAAUGGCCAACAACCCAGGAACCAACAACGCAACCGCCAACAACCCAGGAACCUACAACGCAAUGGCCAACAACCCAGGAACCUACAACGCAAUGGCCAACAACCCAGGGACCUACAACGCAAUGGCCAACAACCCAGGGGCCAACAACGCAAUGGCCAACAACCCAGGAACCUACAACGCAAUGGCCAACAACCCAGGAACCUACAACGCAAUGGCCAACAACCCAGGGACCUACAACGCAAUGGCCAACAACCCAGGGACCAACAACGCAAUGGCCAACAACCCAGGGACCAACAACGCAAUGGCCAACAACCCAGGGACCUACAACGCAAUGGCCAACAACCCAGGGACCUACAACGCAAUGGCCAACAACCCAGGGACCAACAACGCAAUGGCCAACAACCCAGGAACCUACAACGCAAUGGCCAACAACCCAGGGACCUACAACGCAAUGGCCAACAACCCAGGAACCAACAACGCAACCGCCAACAACCCAGGGACCAACAACGCAACGGCCAACAACCCAGGGACCUACAACGCAAUGGCCAACAACCCAGGGACCUACAACGCAAUGGCCAACAACCCAGGGGCCUACAACGCAAUGGCCAACAACCCAGGGACCAACAACGCAAUGGCCAACAACCCAGGGACCUACAACGCAAUGGCCAACAACCCAGGGACCUACAACGCAAUGGCCAACAACCCAGGGACCUACAACGCAAUGGCCAACAACCCAGGGACCUACAACGCAAUGGCCAACAACCCAGGGACCUACAACGCAAUGGCCAACAACCCAGGGACCUACAACGCAAUGGCCAACAACCCAGGGACCAACAACGCAAUGGCCAACAACCCAGGGACCUACAACGCAACGGCCAACAACCCAGGGACCUACAACGCAAUGGCCAACAACCCAGGGACCAACAACGCAAUGGCCAACAACCCAGGGACCUACAACGCAAUGGCCAACAACCCAGGGACCAACAACGCAAUGGCCAACAACCCAGGGACCUACAACGCAAUGGCCAACAACCCAGGGACCAACAACGCAACCGCCAACAACCCAAGGACCUACAACGCAAUGGCCAACAACCCAGGGACCAACAACGCAAUGGCCAACAACCCAGGGACCUACAACGCAAUGGCCAACAAUCCAGGGACCAACAACGCAAUGGCCAACAACCCAAGGACCUACAACGGACCAACAACGCAAUGGCCAACAACCCAGGGACCUACAACGCAAUGGCCAACAACACAAGGACCAACAACGCAAUGGCCAACAACCCAGGGACCAACAACGCACAGGCCAACAACCCAGGGACCAACAACGAAAUGGCCAACAACCCAGGGAUCUACAACGCAAUGGCCAACAACUCAGGGACCUACAACGCAACCACCAAUAACUCAGGCAAGUACUGAGUCACCUUCGUGGCUAAGCAGCUCACAGAUGCAAAGUAUUAAGGAACAACUCAGGAUAGACGAAGGAGUUAUAUACAAAGUCUACAAGGACUCUUUGAAUAAAUUAACGUUUGGUGUUGGUCAUUUAAUAACCGAAAAUGAUCCGGAGUAUGGAAAACCAGUCGGUACCCCUGUGAGUGAGGAACGGGUGGACGCGGUAUUCAAAACUGACGUAGCGGAAGCUGUAAAACUAACCCAGAGUAUAUACGAUCCGGGAUGUCAGACCUGGCCGGGCGAAGUGAAGGAGAUUAUGGUCAACAUGGCCUUCAACCUGGGAGGAAACCUGAAGAAGCUAAGAAAGGUCAAGAGGGCUUUAAAUAAACGAAACUGGCAGAAGGCUGCAGAUAAAAUGAAGGACAGUGACUGGUACACACAGGUCGGGGAUAGAGCGGAGCGACUCGUGGAGAGGAUGCGGAACGUGGAGGAGAAAUAAAAUCUGAAAAACGACAUUGUCAUCUUUAUAUGUAUCGUUAUUUUCUAACGUGUGCCAUCAUUGGCUUUCAAAUCAUAUUUCUAUUUUGUAAACUUUUCUAUCGACCCGUGAAAAUAUUUAAUUAUAUAUAUAUAUAUCUCUCUAUAGUAUUGCACGUAUGCAUAUUUUCAUUAUCUUGUUUAUCGUAAGUGUUAUAUAUCUAAAUUUAUGACAUAACUUACGGCACAGGAGUGAAAACACCCCAUGCAGUUAUUUUCAUAUAUAACUAGUGUUAUAACUAUGCAAAUUCGGUUACCGCAUCACAGAAAUAUGUAUUCAUACGCGCUAUCAAAAAGUGUAUAACAAACAUUAGAAACAAUGUUUCAAAAGAAAUCGUGUCGGUGUGCACAAA